AUGAUCGAAAGCGCGGUUAUUCCAGUCAAAUGGAAGAUGUUGCUUCCUAAUGAGCGAAUGACUAUUAAAGAAAGAAAACAUGACUAUAUUUACGAUCCCUUAUACAGCCUUUCAAGUGCAGCUGACCAUGAACGGGUUGCAACUAAAGAUCAUUUAGAUGUGUCGAAAAUGCAAAAAUUGUUCUCCUUUCAGAAUUUGUUCAGUGAAGUACCUAUAUAUCGUCCUUAUAUAUGGCGUCUUAAUCCAAGUGAUCCCGUACCUAUGUUCGUGUCUAGGUAUUUUCACCCUGUAGAUGUUUGCAAAAAGUUAAUCCAAAUAAAUCAGCUUAAAAAAAACAAAGAUCCAAUGAUAGGUCAUGUGUUUGAGGGUAUGGAUCGGUCGAAAUAUUUCACCCAUCAUACCUUGUCUCUUUGUCCAUAUCCUUCAGGAAAUCCGAAAAGUAUGGAUAUUACGUUGGACUCUUUAGUAGGAAAUCAAAAUAUCACCCAAAUAGAUCUAAGGCCGAAACCACCUGUCUAUGUAUCACGUUAUGUGCAGACAAUGUAUCGUGAUUCAGAGGCGCAAACUGACCCAUAUUCUCCAUUGUAUGUUGUCAAUACAGGGGAAAACCUUGAGACACUGAAAUUAACUUCGUUGAGUUAUGGAUAUGGACUUCCAGUCGGAUUAUUUGAUGUUGAAAGAAUUGAACGUGCAAGACAAAGACGAGAAAUUGAAGCAAAUUUACCGCCGUAUAAAGAUAUUGCAAAUAAUCUGGUACAGAUUGCCAAACGACGUAAAAUUUUGGAAGGUUUAGAAAAUCGUGAAUGGUACUUCAGAGAAAGAGAGGUUGAAGCAAUGCAAGAAGUUCGACUAAAUGUAAUCGUUCAACUUUUGCGUAGACGUGAACAACGUAAACAAGAAGUCAUAUCUAGGCGAUUAGAUCAGAAAUGGAGCGAAAGUUGUGCACAAAAUGAGACAAAAUGCAGAGCUAUAAAAUAUCGUUAUAUUGGAGAGUUACGCAAAUUAUUGAAACUUCGGUUAGCUGCUAAAGAAUAUAAAUUUAAACGUGAUAUGAUAAUGGAUUAUGCUAAACCAUCAUCUCAAGUUUUUGCUCCACUCACGCGACUUGGUGUAUUUCCAGAUCGUAGUUCUGAACGUUAUGUUGUAAAAAAUAUAUAUUCAUCGCGUUAUGAAGGUCUACUUACUUUAGAAGCCAGUUUGCCUCGAUUUGCAUUCCAACCAAGAAUUAGAUUACAACAACCGAAACUGAACACAAAAGAUGGAUUUUUAAAACGUAAAUAUCGCCAUCAAAAAGAAUUAGCUGAAUUACACGAUUAUUUGCAAAAAUCCUCAGUAAGUGAACGAAAUACCGCUCUAAGAAAACCACGAUUUUUACAAAAGAUUGAAAAACCUAUGCCACGUCCAAUAACGUCAAAUUAUAUAACAAUAAAAAGUGAAGAAUCUGAAAGACAAGAAGUAGCUGUAAUUAUGUUGCAACAAUUAAUUCGCGGGCGUGCAAUUCAGACUCAAAUGUAUGAGGGUAAACGAAAACGUAGUGAAUUAAUUGCUGAGUCAAGGUCAACGCAUGCUCUGUUAGAAGAUGAACAAGCUCAAAAAAAACGUGAAAAAUUAACAAUUUUAACAAAACAAGAAGAUUUCAGUCAUCUUUUGCAUCAAGAGCGUCUAGUAGAAGACAUCUUAGGACAGUUUGAAUGUGAUAGUUUAGCUAAUAUGUUAGAUUUUCUAAGUAAAGAAUUGGAUCGUCUAAUCGAAGAGCGACGUAUACAUGCAUUAGUACUAAUAGCAGAACGUCAGCGUCGUAUACGAGAAGCGGAAGAAUGUGGUACACGUCAAAAAGAAGAGCGCAGAAGGAGAGAACAAGAUGAAAUUUUCAAACAGCUUGUUAAGGUACACGAAGAUACAGUUGAUAGUUAUCUGAUAAAUAUUGCUGGCUUAGCUGUAAAUAGUGCAGCUGAUUACUUAGCUAAGGAAGAAAUUUCGACAUUAGCUCAAAAAAUUGAACAAGCUAAUCUCUAUGAAUUAAAUCGUGGUGAAUUAGAAACAAAUGAAUUAGCUGCUGAAUUAAUACAUAAUUUCUUAAUACCGUUUGUAAACAAAAGUUCACAUGGGUUACAUGAGGAACGACGGAAACGCAAAUAUUUAAAUGGUGCACAUCGUGAAAUAUGGGGUCCAUCACACGAUGCUGCUGGGAAUGUAUCUGACUCAACUGGUCUACAAUUAAAACAUCACGAUACAACAACCUCGACACCAAAUGUAUGGUGGUGA